AUUUCAGCUUGUUAGGAGUGAUGGAAGGAGAAAGUGAAAUGCAAAACGAGCCUAGUACUAGCACAGCCAGUAGUUUUCACAAUUUGAGUAAACCGAAGCUGAUAUACGCCUUUACUGUCGUAACAGUGGUAUUAGCGCUGGGUUUCUGCCUGUACUCUCUACCGGCCCCGUUCCUACCCCUUUAUCACGCGGGCAGGAACGUCUCUUCCGUCUGGGAUGGAGUGAUCCUUGGAGUUGUUCCUGUCGGGUACCUGAUAUCGUGUACUCUCACUGACCACCUGAUGGAACAUUUUACCUUUAAGCCAAUAUUGAUGACUGGUUCUUUUGUACUGGGCUCAAUCUUCAUCAUUAACAGUUUCUUCAACAGAAUCGCAAAUAACGCCAUCUACAUCGCCCUGUCCUGUUUAUUCCGAGUAUUCGCUGGUAUCGCUACAGGGUUUAUUGCCGUCACAUCGUUUGGAGCACUUACGAAAUUGGUUCCCACUCGAAUAGCCACUGUUACGGCUUUGGCUGAAGCCGCCCUUAACGGGGCGCAAGCUUUUGGUCCAUUCAUGGGCAGCUUGCUGUUUGACUAUGGGGGAUACAGUAUAGCGUUCUGGUUACCGGGUCUGGUGGUGCUCUGUUGUGUACUCAUAGAAAUCACUAUACCCCGGGUUAACACAUUACCAGAAAAGUCUGACUUGAACGACGCCUCGAAGGUGUGGGGUGACCCCUGGAUAUUGCUCGCAGCUUGGCACUGUGCCGCUUGUCAGGUCCUGCUCUACUUCCACUUACCCACCCUGGCCCCGUUUGUAGAGAGAUCUCUAGGAAUGAGCGUUGUUUGGACGGGACUAGCUCUCCUUGUCAACACCAGCACCAUUAUCAUCAGCGCCCCACCCCUAGGCUGGCUGAUAGACAAAUUUAACCCGUACUUCUUUGUGAUGUUCUCCUCCGUUAUCCUUCCCUUCCUCUACAUGUGUAUUGGACCUAUACCUUUAUUUCACCUUGCAACAUCUAAACUACAAGUGAUGCUAGUUCUGGCUCUGCUGGGGUUCUUUGUGCCCAUGGGAUGUACCCCAAUACUGCUGAUUAUGUUUGACGUGUACAAGAUGAGGAAUGGAGGGAAGAUGUCCAUCUCAGCAUCCAACACGAUAAUCUCUAUUUACUGCUCAUGUUUCCCUCUGGGAGGUUGCAUUGGAUCCUUCUCUGCAGGGAUUUUGUCACUAUACAUGCCAUUCGAGUGGUCUACCGGAGGACUGGGUUUUCUCUUCAUUGUGCAGUCAGUCCUAUCGUUCAUCUACUGCUGGAAAGUCAGUGAACUGAAGAAAUGCACCAAUGGAGAACGCAAGCCUCUUCUUGAGUGAUGAUGACUUUCAGCUUCUUCAGUAAUGAUGACUGUCAGCUUCUUGAGAGAUGAUGACUGUCAGCUUCUUGAGAGAUGAUGACUGUCAGCUUCUUGAGUGAUGAUGACUGUCAGUUUCUCGAGUGAUGAUGACUGUCAGCUUCUUGAGAGAUGAUGACUGUCAGCUUCUUGAGUGAUGAUGACUGUCAGUUUCUCGAGUGAUGAUGACUGUCAGUUUCUCGAGUGAUGAUGACUGUCAGCUUCUCGAGUGAUGAUGACUGUCAGCUUCUUGAGAGAUGAUGACUGUCAGCUUCUUGAGAGAUGAUGACUGUCAGUUUCUUGAGAGAUGAUGACUGUCAGCUUCUUGAGUGAUGAUGACUGUCAGCUUCUUGAGAGAUGAUGACUGUCAGCUUCUUGAGAGAUGAUGACUGUCAGCUUCUUGAGUGAUGAUGACUGUCAGCUUCUCGAGUGAUGAUGACUGUCAGCUUCUUGAGAGAUGAUGACUGUCAGCUUCUCGAGUGAUGAUGACUGUCAGCUUCUUGAGAGAUGAUGACUGUCAGCUUCUCGAGUGAUGAUGACUGUCAGUUUCUUACUGGGCGGCGCUCAGCCUGUCAUUCCGCCUUAUGAACAUAAAUAUAAUAGCCUGGGGUCCCCAGGUAAUCAGCUUCUCGAGUGAUGAUGACUGUCAGCUCGCAGUUUAACAUAGUGUACAACAAUCGGGGUUGUGUAUUUAUGUCAAUCCGAAUUGCUUUCUAUUUUAUUUUAUAGGACUUUUAUAUAUUACGGACUAAGGAUGAACUAGCUAAUUAGGAAUCUUAAAUCAGAGAUUUCCAUGUUUCAAGGAAUAAUUUAUUUUUAUUCCAUUGUUUUAAUGGAAUUAUGACCUAAAAUGGCAUAAAAUAGCAUAAAUUGUCACGAAAAAAAUGUGAACACCUUUGAGAAAUUGACAUUUUAUGCCAUUUAAGCCAAGGAUUUGCUGUCAUAGAUACAGCAGUUAUAAAAUAUUAUGGCUUUAUGAGCGUUAUUUUACCAAUUAUCUCCUGUCAUUUUGAUAUCAAAUAUUUCAUUAUUUCCGUACAACU